CCCCUCCCCCACCCCCACGAAGCCACUUCCAAUUAAGCUUGAAUCCUUAAUUUGUCACAGUUUCCAAACAUGUCGGACGUUGAAGUAGGGCUUCAUGGUUAUUACUCUGUGCUUGGUCUGAGUAACCAGGCCACUGAAAAUGAGAUCCGCUGCGCCUACCGCAAGCUUGCCAUGAAAUGGCACCCGGAUAGAUGGUUGAAAGAUCCAGAGGUUGCCGGAGAAGCUAAAAGGCGGUUCCAAGAAAUCCAAGAGGCUUAUUCAGUUUUGUCAGAUAAAGGAAAGAGAACAAUCUAUGAUGCCGGAUUGUUUGGUCUCCUUGAAGACGAUGAUGAUGAGGGAUUCAUUGAUUUCAUGCAAGAAAUGAUUUUGAUGAUGCAGAGUGUGAGAACACCGCAGGAAGUGAACUCUUUGGAGGAUCAAGAGAGGUUGUUAAUGGACAUGAUGGGGGAGGAUGAGAUGGUGAAGUUUGGAUUUGACUCGAACACAUCUGAGAGCCCAAGUAAAAGUAAAAGGGCAGGUGUUUUGUAAUGCUUCCUUGUAUUAUUUGAUCUUUAACUUAGCAAUUAAGGUUGUGAUCAUUCUUCU